UGGUAUUUGGCCGUAAAGUGCUGUGGUGUCGUAGCUGACAUGUUGUUGGUGGCUAACAGUAAACAGUGAUAAUUUGAUGAAGAGAUUUUUCCUAAUUCGCCGUUUUCAUAAACUGUUGACGGUUUAAAACCACUUUAUCAAAAUGGCAGAAAAAUUUGAUAACCUCGAGGAGCAUCUGGAGAAAUUUAUCGAGAACAUUCGACAGCUGGGAAUCAUCGUCAGCGACUUCCAGCCGAGCAGCCAGGCUGUACUCAACCAGAAACUAAAUUUCAUGAUAUCUGGACUACAAGACAUCGAGAAAUGCCGCCAACAGCUUCACGAGAUCAACGUCCCCCUGGAAGUCUUCGAGUACAUUGACCAAGGCCGAAACCCUCAGCUGUACACCAAGGAAUGUCUGGAGAGAGCCUUGGCGAGGAACGAGCAGGUCAAAGGGAAGAUAGACACGAUGACGAAAUUCAAGAGCCUUUUGAUUUCUGAGCUCAGCAAAGUUUUUCCUGAAGACAUGGCCAAGUAUAAAGCUAUACACGGAGAGGACCCCCCCUCCUAGUGACUCCUGCACCAUGGACCCAGAGUCUCAAUCUGUGACUCCUGAAAUACAAGCCUGGAUGGAGCUUAAUAAGCAGGAUGCUCUGUGGUUGCAGAGACAUGUGAUAACAACAAAUUAUUCCUCAUAAAGCUUGUGAUACUGUUGCUGAUUAUUGAUUCUGAGGGUUGUUGCCUUCUUCCAGCUAUUUAUGCACUGUAUUACAAGAGUACAAAUUUCUUGUUAAGGCGCUGUUUAUGCAUGGACAGUAAAUGAGCAGCAGAAUGUUUUCCAGCUUCCCACUCUACAAGUAUUGAGGAAACAAAGCUACAAGGCUUCUGUCUGAUUCUGCAUUCAAGAAUGGUCUCCAACAUGUAAAUAUUGCCUAUUUAUACAAAUUUUCUCUACAGUUUAUAAUGCAUCUUUAUCAUUCUGCACUGUACAUUUGUAUCACAGUUCAUAACAUUUUGUAUGAAGCUCAGGUUGGUAAUGGCCUCGAUGGCUGAAUGCAAAUGUUGUUUGAGUGCAAUUAUGUGCCUCAUCACCUGAUAUGGUAAAAAAUGAUUCCAACUUUUUUGUAUUAUUGUAUUUGUAAAUAAAUGGUCCUUUUGGAA